UGGAUGGAAAAUUGCCUUUUUGGGUUUCUCAGGGCUGGACCUAUCGGCUGCAGAAUGAAAAUUCCCCGGAGGGCGCAAUGCAAAGCCCAUGUGGCGCAGGAAUGACUACGUGUAGAACAAUGAAGGAGAUAUUCACCUCAGAAGAUGUGAGCUGGUAAGCCUUAACUCAUUUUUAGAGGCAAAAAGCGGUGGUUUCCCUGAGUCCUGAGGUGAAAGAGAUGCCUGGAAGUCAAGGUCAAGAAGGACAACCCAAGAGGGCAACAGAAGAAACUUUUCUUUUUGAAGAUGGAGACAGUGGUUUAAAUGAAAGUCCACUCCAAGAAGGAAUCCUCAGAAAGAAGAGAGAGAACAUGGCCACAGACUGUGGGGAAGGCCUCCAUCAGAGCUUUGAACUCCUUGAGAAUCAGUGUGUGCAAACUGGGGGGAAUCCAUAUAAGUGUUCCUACUGCUGUGAAACUUUUCAUCAGAGAACCUACUUGGUUACACAUGAGAGAAUCCACACUGGAGACAAACCAUACGAAUGCACCGAUUGUGGGGAAAGCUUUAGCACGAGCUACGAAUUUGUGGAUCAUAUAAGAGUACACACAGGGGAGAAACCAUACACGUGUUCAGACUGUGAUCAGAGCUUCCAUUUGAAAGCAAACCUCACUGCACACAAGAGAACCCACACUGUGGAAAACCCUUAUGAGUGUUCUGAGUGUGGGCAAAGCUUUGGUAAGAAAUCACACCUCAUCACGCAUGAGAGGACCCACACCGGAGAGAAACCGUAUCCGUGCCCAGAUUGUGGGAAGAGCUUUAGUCAGAAAGGAAACCUCGUUUCCCACAUGAGGAUUCACACAGGGGAGAAGCCGUACAAAUGUUCCCAGUGUGGCAAAUGCUUUUCUCAUUGCACUUCCCUGAUGAUGCAUGUGAGAACCCACACAGGGGAAAAACCGUACAAAUGCUCAGUUUGUGAAAAAAGCUUUGUUAAUAAGGGAAACCUUGUCUCGCAUGUGAGGAUCCACACAGGGGAAAAACCGUAUGAAUGUGCAGACUGUGGGAAGAGUUUUAGCACUAGCUUUCAGUUUAUAGAACAUAAAAGGCUACACACGGGGGAAAAGCCAUAUUCAUGCUCCGAUUGUGGGCAAAGUUUUAAUUCAAAAUCAAACCUUAUCACACACAAAAGAACCCACACAGGGGAGAAACCCUAUCAAUGCACCGUGUGCGGGAAGGGCUUUCGGGUUAAAUCGUCCCUGACUAAACACAUAAGGAUCCAUACAGGGGAGAAGCCUUAUGAAUGUUCAGAAUGUGGGAAAAGCUUCAAUACAAGCUCACUGCUUGUAAAUCAUAAAAGGGUUCACACAGGAGAGAAACCCUAUCAAUGCUCAGGUUGUGGGAAAAGCUUCCGUCAGAAAGGAAACCUUGUUUCACAUAUGAGAAUCCACACAGGGGAGAAACCGUAUCGGUGUUGUGACUGCGAGAAAAGCUUCAUUGAUAAAAAGUCCCUUAUUAAACAUAAGAGAACCCAUGCAGGAGAGAAAGCUUAUGAAUGUUCAGAGGGUGGGCAAAGCUUCAGGUACAGCUCAGCACUUACCUAGCGCAGUAGAAUUCACAGACGCGAGAAUCUUUUGGCUGUGAGGAAAGGUUCUGUAGCCUCACUGUUCUUCGUAAACAUCAGAGAAUCUACAAGGGAUAGCCAGAUUCUAGAGAUGGCUGAACCCUGUGGCAUUUAUAAGUUAAGACUGCUGAAAGCCUGAAACGUUUGUGCUGCAACACAAACAGAUAACUCCAUAUUGUUCAUUUUUGGAUAAAAUCCACACUAGGUUCUCAAAACAGCUUGAAGGGAGACCAGAUGUUCCAUGGUAAGUCCCAGUCAUGCUCUCAGUUAGAGAGUUUUGUGCAGCGCAGCAGUAACGGUGGUACA